AUGAACAUCCUAGCUUGGAACGUCCAUGGGCUGGCGGCUCCUCCAGCGCAGCAUGAGUUCUUACGAAUUCUUAGGUCUACGAAGGCCACUAUUGCUUUUGCAAUUGACACUAAGCUUAACACGGAACAACUUCAGAAGUUCCAAUUCAAACUCCCAGACAAAUGCCUAAUCUCCAACAUCCAUAUCUCAGGACCUUGGGCGCGCAUCAUUGCUCUAUGGGACCCAUUGAAAGUGACACUCCAAAACUGUGCGCCUAUUAUUUGUAUGGGAGAUUUCAAUGCAGUGUUAAACAGCCACGAGAAAACUGGAAGGGCUCCCGCUCUUCAAGCUUGUCUAGCCUUCCCUGAUUUUGUUUCUCAGUCAGCUCUAACUGAAGUGUCAUGCCCAGAUGCAAAAUUCACCUGGACCAAUAACUGGAGGGGACAUGAGAACGUCAAGUCCAAGAUUGACGGAUGCUUUGUAUCCAAGGAGUGGGUGGAUGAUACAGAGUUGAUGGUGCUCCUGGAAGUGCACCCAAGGUCCAUAUCUGAUCACAAUCCAAUUUUGCUUUGCAUAUCAAAGCGCAGGUUGACAACUUGGGGUCGUACUCCUUUUCGGCAUUUUCAGUAUUGGCAGGACAUGGCUGGGUAUAGGGACCAAGUUAUGUUAGCUUGGACAGAGGAUACAAGGGGUUGUGCGAUGAUUAAUCUUAUUCAGAAAUUGGAGACCACUAUGGACAAACUGAAGAUUUGGUGCAAGGGUGGGGCCAAUGACUUACCCCACCAAAUUGUGGAAUUAAAAUCCAAGAUUAAACUCCUUCAGUCCCUAAGUGAAAGUGGACACCUUGAGGCGAUAGAUGAGGAAUGCAAUCUUAAGCGUGGAAUCGCCAAUGGGAGAAGAUGGAGGAACAAAAUCGCUUCCAUCUCCCAUGAUGGAUGGCUCCUUACUGAGAUGCCUGAUAUUUUUACAACUUGCACGGAUUAUUUUCCUGGUCUGCUAGGGACUUCUCAUGGCACCGGGAACCUAUCGUACUCUCUCGCUCCUGGUCCCAUUGUGUCGACAGAGGAGAAUGCUGACUUGCUAAAACCUUUAACUGCAGUCGAAAUCCAGUGGGCAGUAAUGGAUGCCGAUAGGGAUUCCGCCCCUGGCCCAGAUGGGUUUGGCAAUAGUUUCUUUCAGAGGAAUUGGGAUACUGUGCAGAAAGCAGUAGCAGGGGCGAUUCGUGGUUUCUUUGACUCCGAAAGAUUGGUGAAGUCUAUUAAUAAGACCCACAUUAUUCUUUUGCCCAAGGAGCAAGGCGCUAUGCAGGUGGACAAACUUCAGCCCAUCUCUCUCUGCACUAGCACAAUGAAAUUCAUCACGAGGAUUAUGGUCCAGCGUAUGAGGCCUAUACUUAACAAGAAUAUAUCCAAGAACCAAAGCACCUUUCUAUCGGGAAGAUGCAUUCAAAACAGUUUCCUUCUAAGCCAAGAAAUUGUCCACAUUUUGCAAAAUAGCAAGAAACAAGCAGCCUAUGUUAAGAUAGACUUAAGCAAGGCUUAUGACAGAGUCAACUGGGGCUUCUUGAAGGCUGCCCUUUGCCAUCUUGGGUUUCAAGAUCUAUGGAUACAGAAAGUUAUGACUAUCGUUACUUUAGUUAGAUCAGCUCUACUUAUCAACGGCAAAGAAGGAACGUGGAUCCAAGCGUACAUUAAUAGCAAUCAAAUAAAAAUUCCGUCCAUGGGGGCUGGUCCCACUUCCCCCUUCUCCAUGUUAUAUGCAGAGGAUAUCAUCUUCUUCAUUGAUGGGAGAUUACAGAAUCUGCGCCGCUUGAAAGUGUGUUUGGACGAAUUCUUCUCAUGCUCUGGCCUGGUUAUGAACAUUGCUAAAAGUUCAGUCCUCUCCUUCAAUAUGAACAGCCAGGAGCUCUCCUAG